GUUAUUGGCUUGUCAAACUAAACGAUAAUAACCCAAAGUCUGAAACUCCAUUCUUCUGCUCUUAUCUAGCAACAUGUGCGUGGCGUAAAUCUGAAAUAGAAACGGAGCAGAGCGGCAGAGACGCAGAAGGCUGUGUGGCAACAACAGCUAAGUAGUUGGCUACCAUUGUUCUUGUGGCGGAAGCGGAAGCGGCGGCGCUCGUUACUUGUAAAAUGCAUUUACACUUUGAACGCAACAUCAACACAAAAUGCGACUGCACAAUACUAUCGCUAUCGUGGAUGGGCAAGGUGCCCGAUGAUAUACCCGAGGAUGAAGGCUGGAAGCUGAACCGCACGAACUACUACCAGGAGGGCUGGCUGGCCACGGGCAACAUACGCGGCAUUGUGGGCGUCACAUUCACCACCUCGCAUUGCCGCAAGAACAUGGACUAUCCACUGCGCACCAACUAUAAUCUGCGAGGACACAGAUCGGAUGUCAUACUCGUCAAGUGGAAUGAACCCUAUCAGAAGCUCGCCUCCUGCGACAGUUCUGGCAUCAUCUUUGUGUGGAUCAAAUACGAGGGUCGCUGGUCCAUUGAGCUGAUCAAUGAUAGGAACACACCGGUGACGCAUUUCUCCUGGUCGCAUGAUGGUCGCAUGGCGCUCAUCUGCUAUCAGGAUGGCUUCGUUCUCGUUGGCUCGGUGGCUGGGCAGCGUUAUUGGUCGUCGAUGUUGAAUCUGGAGUCGACCAUUACGUGCGGCAUUUGGACGCCCGACGAUCAGCAGGUUUACUUUGGCACCACCCAGGGCCAGGUGAUUGUCAUGGAUGUCCAUGGUGCGAUGGUGUCACAGGUGCAAUUAUCCAACGAUGUUCCCAUCACAUCCAUGGCCUGGUCCUGCGAGAAAUUUAAAAUGGAGGAGGGCGAGGAAGCGGAGCCCGGUGUAACCAAUGCCGCCAAGCGCUCGUUUGUGCUGGCGGUUAGCUUCCAGAAUGGAUAUAUCUAUUUGCUUAAGUCGUUUGACGACGUCUCACCCGCACAUAUCAACACCUGCCUUAAUGGGGCCCUGGGCAUGGUCAUGGAGUGGAGCAACUCUCGGGAGCUGCUCGCCGUCGCUGGCACAUUGCGCACCAGUAAUUCGAAUGGUGUCGGCCUGGAUGGCAAGCUGGAUGAUCUGGGCACGGCCAGCUGCUAUAACAAUCUGGUCAAGUUCUAUACGGAGUCGGGCACGUGCCUCUACCAGGCGCACAUACCCUGCAGCAAUGCCACCGUGUCGGCCAUCACUUGGGGCCACAACGAUAAGCGACUGUUUAUUGCCACCGGCACCCAGGUGCACAUCGCCUGGAUAUCAAGGCGGGUGGCAUCCUUGCAGUUGCUCUGCCGGCUGCAGAUCCAGGCGAGCGUUGGCUCCGAGCUGCUGUUGCCGCUGCUGCCGUUGCCUUCUAGGAUUAAGUCGCUCAUUGGCAAUCUGUUUGCUCAAACCAUUCGAUGCUGUGUACCUGAUCUGAAGUCGCUGCGCGAUUUUGUGUCGCGUCCACCGCUCUGCUCGACGCGACUGCAUUGCACCAUGAUACGGCACGAUGAUGAUUCCAAUCUCAGCUCGGGCACAUGCUACACUCUCUACUUGGAGUAUCUCGGUGGUCUGGUGCCGCUGCUCAAGGGCAAACGCACCUCGAAGAUCCGACCGGAAUUUGUCAUCUUUGAUCCACAAGUUAAUGACAAUUCGCUGUAUUUCCAAUAUGCAGCGGAGGCGAAGAGCUCCUCGGGCUCCAGUCAGUCCACGACGACGGGCAACAGCGGACGCACCGAUUCCUCCGACAGUGAUUUCGAGGAGCGUUCUCGUUUUGGCUCACCACGCACGCCCCGCAAGCGUCGUGUGCGCCCCAAGCGACGUAAUCAGAAUGGAGAUCGUGCGGCGAGUGCCAGUGGGGGCAAUGAUCCGGAUAGCCUGGAUGAGCUGGCGUAUGUGGAUACGCUGCCCGAGCAGGAAGUCAAGCUGGUGGAGGUGACCUCGAAUAUAUGGGGCACGAAAUUCAAGAUUCAUGGACUUGCCAAAACCGUCCCAGCCAAUUUAGGCCAAGUAACUUAUAAGACGUCCCUACUGCAUUUGCAGCCGCGUCAAAUGACGCUGGUCAUCACGGAGCUGCGAGACGAUUUUCCAACCGGACCCGAUCCCAGCUUCAAUCCAAAUCUCUUCUCCGAGGAUGAAGAAGAGCAUAACAAUUACAAUCACAGUCAUAAUCAACACAAUCCGGAUGCAGUGCUGCCGCAUGUGAGUGUCACCAGUGCUGCGCCCGAUGCCGCUCAGUUAGCCGCCAUGAAGCCACCAAUGAUGCCACAACGUCGCCUCAACGAAGGCGCCUCUGCGCCGCCCAUUGCGCCCAUGUCGCCACGUCCCAAUCGCAUUCUGGCUCGGCACAAGAACUCGCAUUCGCUGAGCGUAAAUAGUGGCAGUGCCUCCUCGGUGGGUCUGAGUCCAUUGGCACGUGCCGAGAGUUAUGACGAUGACUCCUCCAACGAAUCUCAGGAGGCGGCAGCGGCGACGGCCAGCACCACAGUGCUGCUCCACCAAGCGCCGUCGUCCAGCUCGAAUGCCGGACCAAGCUGCAGCAAGAACCUCACACGGCCCAAGACCAUAAGUAGCUUUAAGAACAGCUACAGUCGCUCCAGCUCCAAUUCCAGCUGCCAGUCACGUCAUGCCAUUUCGCCGCUCUACUGUGACGGAUCCGUGCCAACGUUGCAGUCACCCAAAAAUGCUGUUGCCCCCUCGGACAUUAUAUUCGAGCGACCGGCUGUGCCGGCUGCUGGUCAGACCACACUGAUGUCGUACUCGAGCAAUGCGGACUAUGCCAACAAUGUGGUGCAGGUGAAGAAUGCGUUGAUGUCGGAGCCGGUGAGGUCAGCGAAUAGUCAUGUGAAUCCGGUGCCACUUAACCUCAAUCUCAAUUUGGAGCGCAUGGACGCACGGGCUGCCAAGUGUGCGACAACGAAGCGACGCGACAUGCUCUACAUUGAUGAGGAGACGCAGUCGCCGACACCCACCAACAACACCACUAGCACCACCUCAAAUAUGAAACGCACUCCGACUGUCGUUUCCAUUGCGCCCGCUCUGCCCGAUUCCAUAACGCGCAGCUGCAGCGUUGGGUAUCUCGAUUCGGUGGCCAUAACACCCUCGGAUGAGGCACUCUCCGCCCUGCGCAAAGAUGCGCCCAACAAACGCUUGAUACUGGUGGACAAGCGACGCAAUCGCAAUCGCAAACGACAGCAACAGACGGAUGCGAGACGCCAGAAGCUGCAGCAGACGGGCAAAUCAAAGAGUCUGGACUCCUGUGAUCUGCUCUCGCUGCAAACGAAAUUGUCGAGCAAGGAGCACGAACAGGUGGUGCGCAAGCUGCAGGAGAUCUCCGAUAGCAGUGCCUGCAGCAGCGCUGCCAACACGCUGUGCUUCAAGUGUCGCAACAACAUGAAUCCCGCCAGCGUCUGCAAACGUUGUCAGCCAGCUGCAGCUGAUAGUUCGGCGCUUGACGAGAUUACCACGGUUGCCGCGUCCAUUGUCGUUGAGCCCGCCAAGGAGGCGACUCCAGUGACACCAGCUGCCGCUGUGCCAAGCAAACCCACGCCCAAGAAACGUUUCGAUGUCAUCACUAGCUUUACGGACAGUCCGCUCUUCACGCGCAAACAUCGCUUUGGCUAUGGACGCAGCAAGGAUCUGGCCACAGCUGCAACGGGCAGCAGCACAGAGAACUCCACGCCAAUCCUGGCACGCAAGCAGGAGAACACUUUCAGCUUUGUCAAGCAGCUGUCCGAGGUGCGCUGGCGCCGCAAGGAGCCCACUCCAAGCCAGAGCCAACAGCAGGGCGCUAGCAAUGCGAGCACUCUGGAACGGCAACAUUCCGAAACGGGCAGCGUUGCCUGCGGCACUGUGGAAGCCACACCGGUGGAGGCCAAAGCAUCCGUGUCGCUGCACACUCAGGCUCUGACCACGUUGGAGAACAUCAUCAGUCGUUUGCGUGAUUUGGACGAGGGUCGCUUGACACCGCCAUCGACGCCGCAGCGUAUGCCGCGCAGUUCGCCCGCCUCACCGGCGGCCAGCAAGAAGAACAAGCGGCAGCAGAGCAACUCUCCGAUAAGGCACAUCUUGAACUCACCGCUGCUGAAUCGCCGGCAGCGUAAGAAGCCGAGCAUCAUUGAAAGCUCCGACGAUGAGGGCAAUCAGACGAAUGGCUCCGGCGAGGAAAUGGGCGGCGCCAGCAAUGGCAACGGCAAACAGUAUCGCGAUCUGGAGACAUUCCAAAAGGCACAGUUGCGCCAGAAGCUUAAACGUGGCAAGAUCGAGCCAAAUGGCAGCGCCAGUUGCGCCAUUUCGGCGCCAGUGCGUCGCGAGUUUGUCAUGCACAACAAGGCGCCCAUGUGGAACGAGAUGAGUCAAGUGUAUCAGCUGGACUUUGGCGGACGCGUCACCCAGGAGUCUGCCAAGAAUUUUCAAAUUGAAUUCCGCGGCAAGCAGGUGAUGCAAUUUGGUCGCAUUGAUGGCAAUGCGUAUACCCUGGAUUUCCAGUAUCCCUUCUCGGCGCUACAGGCAUUUGCCGUGGCGCUGGCCAAUGUUACACAGCGUCUCAAGUAAUUUGGGUAUUAUGGAUAUAUGGUUAUUGCUGUACUAUCGUAUCGUAUUACACAUAUAUUUGUACAUGUAUGCAAGUACUCUUAUAUAGCGCAUAUGCACCACUCGCCGCCAAGCUAAUGCCGCAACAGCAACUGCUUCAAUAUUAAUAUUUUUUAUACGGAAGAAGGUGGAGGCGCCUUUCGCUUUUUCAUUUGUAAAUAUGUAUGUACUUAUUGUAUUGUAUUGUGGUCUUUAGGUUUCUGAAUACCGUAACAUGUAUAUCGAUAAUCCGAUAUGAACUCAUACCACCACUUGAUUGAAGGUUUAGCAAUUUGAUAUUGGUGUGCAAAAACUCACAGUCCGAUCCAUUUUUUGUGCAAUAUUUGUAUGACAAACUUUUAUGGAUUAAGUAAAACGAUUGUAAAUGUUAAGCAUUAAAAUGAUGUACGCGUAAACGUAUUUAUAUAUAUAUACAUAUAUAUGUAUGUGGCGUAUGUGUCACGAUUUUUUCAAUCGAUUUUUAAACUAGUUUGUACAAGAGCAGCCUUUUUUGCAUUGAGCUUCGUUUGUUUUUUCUCGACUUACGUGCAAUAAACGACAAUUCCUUUCGUUAUCAAUUUUUAGCAGUUAAGGAACUAAAUAAUGACAAAACAUAUAUAUCUAUAUACAUAUAUGUAUGUACUUAUUAUCAGCAUAAAUCGCUUAACACAAAAACCAAAAGGAAAAAAAAACAAAUUGAGCAAAUCGCUUAGCCUAACAUUUAAAACAUUUGAAUGUGUGUAUACAAGUACUUAAUACUAGCAUAUUUUUUAUAUUAUAAACUAAUUGCGAAUGUUAAAAAACACAUACAUUCACAAAACAAACACACACACAACAUACUUUUGUGCUUUUCCUCUUACUCUCUUUUUUGUAGCUAGGCUUAAUUUCAAAGGAAAACUUCGUUAUUGUAAUUGUUGUGAAUAUUGAAAUAAACUCGAAACUCAAAUCGUAAACGAUUUCAGCAUGCAACUAAUUAAAUAAAUAUGUUGUAUGUGAAUAAAGAACAAACAACGUCAACAAAAAAAAAGAAACAAAACAAAAAUAA